AUGAAGCAUUCAUUCUUUUAUGAUGCGUAUUUAAUGGAUAGAAAUAUUAUUCAGCAGAUCGAUAAUACAGAUUAUAAGGAUCAUAAGGAGAGUUUCCGUGAAGAUGAUUAUGAGCCACCACAAACUUUACUCCAACUCAUGAUUAGAAAUAUACAAAAUGAAGUGAAUACUGAAAUUUGGGAAGUUAAACCUGAGUUAUCACAAACAAAAUCUUAUUUUGUUAUUUUAAUGGCAGAUGGAAGUCAUUCUUGUACUUGUAAUCUCUUGAUAUCAUUUGGCAUUCCUUGCAGACACUUUUACAAAGUUCUUAGAAAAAGUUUACAAGCUAAAUUUCAUAUUUCAUUAAUAAAUCAAUGCUGGUAUCAAGAUUUAAAACUUAGUAUUACUGAUCAGGAGUUGGCUUUAUUGGAAGUGUUAUCAAUUGUUAAAGAUAAUUAUACUGAAAUUACAGCUCAUAGAGAUAUUAAUUUUGAUUAUAUUCAUCAAGUUCGUGGUGGUUAUGUUUAUACAGAAAAACUUAAGAAUAUUGUUUCAGUUAAAGCAAAAUAUGGAAGAUUUUUAGGAAUUGCAAGGAAAGCUUUAGAUUUAGUUCAAAAAUUAAAUUGUUACAAUGAAUUAAAUGGAUUACUUCAAAUGUUUAUAGAUGAAAAACAGCAAGAAUUACUUCAAAAGGGCCAAACUAUCGAUAAAGAAAAUAGUAACGAUCAUCAAAGAAAUGAUGAAUCUGAUAUUAUUUGUUCUAAUCCAGUAACUUUAAGAAGGCGUGGAUGUCCUCCAAAUCGAUAUCUGAGUGAAGGUGAAACUGCAAAUAAAAAUAAGUAG